CGACUCGAAUCGAACGAUAACACCCAGGAAAGAAAAGGAAAAAAAAAGAACAAGUUCGGGUGAAGCGAAGUUUUCUUUGUUCCAGUAUCACCAUUCACCAUCAUCUGAACACGAAUCCAGUUCCUGAGUUGAGAUCUGUUGGAGCAUUUGAGUCCUUCAACAAUGCCUGUUGGAAGAUUGAUAGAAGUAGCACCACCAAGCCCAGUAAGGUACUUGAUCGGUGCAGCUGUGAUGAUGAUCGGCGUUGUAUUACCAGUUGGUUACAUGAUGUUCCGCAACAAGCGCGUUCCUUCUUCUUCUUCUUUCUCCAAACAGACGUAGGAACAAAGGAUUGAUAUAGAGUAGCUUUGAUCUUAGAGGAGAUUUAUAGAUGUCGUCGGCGUGUCCAUUUGAGCAUGAAGAGGAACACAAAUACACAAUGUGAAAGGGUAAUGUAAUGCACUGACAUAUCAGAUAAUAGUCAUGUAAAUGUGUGGAAUUGCUGAUUCUUGUUAUAUGAGAAAGGGAUUUUGAAUUUUAUUUUACAAGUGUUCUUUGAACAAUGAAUGUUCUUGUAUUGCUGUUGUAUUGAUCUUCUUUGAGCUUAAUUCAAUUUCAGCUAAUAUGGAUUGUGAUGA